AUGACUCAACGGCUGACAACAUCUGAACCUUUAAAUGCUAUAAUAAUAACUAAAAAACAAAGGUAUAGAAUUGACCUACCAGCAGAUUGGCCUGCUAACUACAUAAUCGAAUCAAGUAGUAAGACUCCCCUCCAAAUACAAGUCACAGUAAAGUUGGAACCUUCAGAUUUUGUUGGGUCAUGGCCAGUUUCUCCGGUCCUUAUUUCUAGCGUUGAUAACAUUGAUAAUUCUGAUAUUACCCAACCCGAAUCUAUGGUUCCAUUAAAAAACAAAAAUAAUAAUAGUUUAAAUGACCCUUCUAUUGACGCCACUAGUGCUUCUAAAAACCAAACUUAUUAUACCACUAAUAUGUUUCAAAUUACUAGGAAAAAUAAAUUAGUAUCCCCUUUUAUUUCUGUUCCCAAUGAUAUCCCACUUGUAAUAUUUCUUGAAGAAUAUACAUUUACCAAAAACGAUUUCGACGCUGAUGAUGAUAUUGAUGAAACUAGAAAACAGCUAAGAUUAAAAAAAGAAAAGAAUAAACCUGCUACUGUGCAUUGUUUUUAUGACAUAGCCGGGAAUACCUAUUUACAAAAAGAUACAGUAAGAAACGAUCUCUGUCAUUAUAUUUCUAAAGGAACCCCUAAGGUAGAGAAAACGGAAAUUAGCGAUUUAUUCGAUUAUUAUUAUGAAGAGGAAUUAAGUAAAAAGAAUACGUAUCAAGACCAGUAUAUUUCAGCAGCACUAUUCACAUACAGAACAACUUGUCAUCAUACUACCAGCUACGAACCUUUUUAUCUCCUGUAUGGCCGUCCUGCUAUAUUACCUGUUGAAGUAAAUCUUAUUACUUCUCAAACCCGAUCUGGAAAUAAAGAAGAGCUACAGAAGCAAAUUUUAAGGCAAGUAGAAAAACUCUUAGGAGAAUUUGUAGAAGCAUGA